AAACAACUUGCUAGCUUCUAUAAUUAAAAGCAUAACAAAAUGAAGACUACUCUUCAUCAGCUCUUGCCUGCAUUAUCUCUUUUGUUUUCCUUAUCGUUCCUCCCCUUCAUUGCCUUUUCAGUAAGGCAGUUUCCUUUACCGCCGGUAGUGAGCGUGGAAGGAAAGGAGGUGAAGCUGGGCGAGUCGUACUAUAUUUCCUUCACUCUGUUCCCACCACUUGGGGUGUGCCUGGUGGACAAUGAAAAGUGUCCCAAAGACAUCAUCCAAUGCCCCUCCUACUACGACGACCCCCGCGGCCUGCCUGUCACCUUCUCCUCCGUCGUCAACUCCACGGAGGACACCGUGGUUCGAGAGAACACUCCCUACCAUAUUGAGUUUUCCGGCGCCGUUGGCUCUGGAAACUGUAGCAACGAAACUAGCUUCUGGUACCUAAAGGAUGACGGAAUCGCCGGCAAGAAUUUCGUCGCUAUAGGUGCCAAGACUCUCGCUACCGAAUUUACGAUCCAGAAAGCGGUGCUGGGGUACAAGAUCACCGGAUGCAUACUACCACCUUUUCCCCUUUGCUAUGGCGUUGGGAUCGUAUCGGAAUUUGGAUUUAAUCGGCUGGGUAUCGGGUCGGACGUCCUGCCCGUCGAGUUUUUCCUCGGCAAGGCUGCUACAACUAAUUCCACUACCGUCGCAAUCGGCAACCUGCUAGAUUCACUGUAGCUACAACAGUGAAGAAUAUAUGUAGUACGUGUGCAGUGGUAUAUUCUGCAGGUUACGUUUUGUCGGGGACAUCUAUGUAUGUACGUAUGUAAUAAUUUGUCUGCUGCAUAUAUGCCAUGCAUAUAUAGGACAGCAGCUCGAUCUGUACUCUCAAUAAGCUAAUUAAGGGUUCUGUAUCCUUAAUAUCUUCGUAUUAUAUUUAUGGAAUUAUGCUUUUUAAUUUAUAAUAA